AUGCCUCCCAAAAGAAGUUUACCAGUUAAAAAAAUUGGUUAUAAUUUAACUUACACAAAAUUUAAAGAUAUCAAGGAAUUUUAUAGAAUAGAAAUUUAUUAUUUAAUUCUUGACAGAAUCACACAAGCUAUAAAAGACAAGUUUAAUGAAAAUGAUUUAAAAAUUUUAAACUCAAUAAACAACAUUUUAGUUAAUAAGAAUCUUAAUGUAUCUGAUAUUCAGGAAGUACGUGCAGUAUAUGGAUUUGAUGUUAAUGAAUUGAUGUCUAAAAUAAUUGUUUUCAAUAGAAUGUUUAUCAGUUUGAAGAAAGAAGUUAACUUUGAAAAUAAAUUAUUAUACAUAAAAAAAAGUUGAAUUUUGGAGUGAUUUUUCUCUAUUAUUAGAUGUAUUUAAAUUAUUUUUGACUGUACCAAUGAACAGCGCAUCAUGUGAAAGAAGCUCUUCGUGCCUCAGAAGACUAAAAAUUUACUUAAGAACAACGAUGGACCAAAUAAAUCGAAGUAACUUAAAGAAGUAA